AUGGCAACCUUAAGAGUGUUUGUUGUGUUGGUUCUCUUUGUUCUGAACAUUCAUCACUCUCAUUCUGAAAACAGCACCAUUUUCAUAUUUGGAGACUCUCUACAUGAUUAUGGAAACACUAAGUACUUUUUAGCCGUCCCAUUUUUCCAAGGCAACUUCCACCCAUAUGGACUAACUUUCUUCAACUUUCCCACUGGAAGAAUAUCCGAUGGACGUUUCAUUUCAGAUGUUAUUGUUCGCUUGUCGAAGUCUUCACGUCAGACAUUCGUGAAUGCUUUCCGGCUUAGUGGUGAUGCAGUCAACUUUUAUGUUCUUGGGGCUAGAGGAGCUCUGAUUGAAACUAAAGAAGAAUUGGUGAUGGACUUGACAACUCAAGGAUCGUACUUUACAAGAGUUAGCAGGGAAUUGAGACAGCAACUUGGAGAAGACAAAGCCAGAAGAUUGUUGUCCACAGCUGUUUAUAUAUUUUCCGUUGGAGCCAAUGACUAUUCAAACCCCAUCAAUGUCACUUUUCCAUACUCUCAACAAAAUAUUCUAGAAUUCGUCAUUGGCAACAUUACAACAGUGAUCAAAGGAAUUUACAAUGAAGAUGGAAGAAAAUCGAUUCUAAAUCUUCCUGCUCUGAGUUGUGUUACGUCACUAAGGCCACUCGUGAAUGGAACAACUAUAGAAGAAUGUGUUGCAGCACAAGCUUCUGCUCUUGCCAGACUACACAAUAUUACUCUUUCCAGAUCUUUUCAAAACCUAGCAAGACAAUUAAGCGGAUUCAAAUACUCAAUUUUUAAUUUCUAUGAUAUAUUGCAGGAAAUGAUCAAGUAUCCUUCAAAAUAUGGUUUCAAAGAGGGGAGUGUGGCUUGUUGUGGAGAUGGACCCUACAGAGGAGAUUAUAGUUGUGGAGGGAGAAGGGGUAUCGAAGAAUAUAAAUUAUGCAGCGAUCCUGGUGAGUACGUGUUCUUUGAAUCUCUUCAUCCAUCGGAUAAAGCUAAUGAACAUUUCGCUCAGCUAAUGUGGAAUGGUACCAGAGAUGUGAUUGAGUCUUACAAUCUGAAGCAGUUGUUCAACCUUGAAUAAAUAGCUCUACGUAAAUUUAGUCAUUUGCAGAAUAAAACAAAAAUCAUUGCUGGAUGCAGCAUGAUUGAAUAGAGAUAUAUGGUUAUUGUAAU